AUGCCGCCACCUCUGGGCUGCGGCAAGGAGCUGGCACUGGAGAAGGAAGGGCAGGGGGGGGUGGCCAGUCACAGGGGGUCCCUGCAAGGUCCCUGCAAGGAGCAGGGGUUCCUGCAGCCCAUCUGCGAUGGGAACCUUAAGAGGAGGCUGUGCCGAGUGCUGUGCGCCAUCCUCUGCCCUGGGGCCCUGCAGGUCCUCGCUCUGCUGGGACGGCAAGACCAGACGACAGGCCGGAUCGAACCAAACUACCCCAAAGUCUGUGGUCACCAGGGGAACGUGCUGGACAUCAAGUGGAAUCCCUUCAUUGAGAACAUCAUCGCGUCGUGCUCUGAAGACACCUCGGUGCGGAUCUGGGAAAUCCCCGAGGGUGGCCUGAAGAGGAACAUGACGGAGGCCGUCCUGGAGCUGUACGGGCACAGCCGGCGCGUCGGCCUCGUCGAGUGGCACCCCACCACCAACAACAUCCUCUUCAGCGCCGGCUAUGACUACAAGGUCCUCAUCUGGAACCUGGACAUCGGGGAGCCAGUGAAGAUGAUCGAUUGCCACACAGACGUCAUCCUCUGCAUGUCCUUCAACACCGACGGCAGCCUCCUGGCCACCACCUGCAAGGACAAGAAGCUACGGGUCGUGGAGCCGCGCUCCGGCAGGGUCCUGCAGGUACGGUGCUCAUGCCAGGGUGCUGCACGGCAUGGGUGUGUGUGUGUGUGUGUUAGAAAUAAGAUGCUGACGACGGGGGUUUCGCCCUGGACCACCCGGCAGAUUGCCCUCUGGGACCAGGAAGACCUGUCCAUGCCCCUGAUAGAGGAGGAGAUCGACGGGCUCUCGGGUCUCCUCUUCCCUUUCUACGACGCCGACACUCACAUGCUGUACUUGGCUGGCAAGGGUGAUGGCAACAUUCGGUACUACGAGAUCGGCUCGGAAAAGCCCUACCUGAGUUAUCUCAUGGAGUUUCGCUCCCCGGCCCCACAAAAAGGACUGGGGGUGAUGCCGAAGCACGGGUUGGACGUGUCAGCCUGCGAGGUCUUUCGUUUCUACAAGCUCAUCACCCUCAAGGGGCUGAUCGAACCCAUCUCCAUGAUCGUGCCGAGGAGGUCAGAAACGUACCAAGAGGACAUUUACCCGAUGACUCCGGGUACGGAGCCAGCCCUCACGCCGGAUGAAUGGCUGAGCGGGGUGAACAGAGACCCCAUCCUGAUGUCGCUGAAGGAGGGCUACAAGAAGACAUCCAAAAUCGUCUUUAAGGCACCGGUGAGGGAGAAGAAGAGCGUGGUGGUUAACGGCAUAGACCUGCUGGAGAACGUGCCGCCCCGGACGGAGAACGAGCUCCUUCGGAUGUUCUUCCGCCAGCAGGACGAGAUCCGGCGGCUGAAAGACGAGCUCUCGCAGAAGGACAUACGGAUCCGACAGCUACAGCUGGAGCUGAAAAACUUACGUAACAGCCCGAAGAAUAAUUAA